GCGGAUCGAUAAAAGCUGCGGGCGGGAAUCGAACGAUGCAUCCGCGCAGACAAGCCUUCGGGCUGAACCGGCCGGAGGGAGGCCGCCGCAGCUCAGCCACAAACUUUGGGAGCGCCGUGAGCUCCCUGCGCCGGGGCUCCACCGUGCUGCCUUCCGUGCUGACGUUCCUGGUGAUCGUCGCGUCCGGAGGCCUGCUGAUGAUGAUCGAGAAGGGAAUGCUGAACGGCAUGGAGACGCCUGCUCCGCGGGGCAACGGCGGGCGGCCGGACCUCAUCCGGCAGAGACGCGGUCCGGGUGGCGUGGACGUGGAGUCGCAGAUCCUUCAGGAGAUCCGCAACCGGACCAUCAAGACCAUGUGUAAGCAGAGGAACAUGCCUCACAACAUCUGGUCACUAAGCCCGCUACAGAGGAAGACACUGCUGCAUCACGUUCUGGUGAACGACAGGUACCGCUUCCUCUACUGCUACGUGCCCAAGGUGGCCUGCUCCAACUGGAAGAGGGUUCUAAAGGUCCUGAAUGGAGCGCUGGAGAGUGUAGACGUCAACAUUAAGAUGGACCACCACAGCGAUCUGACGUUUCUGUCCUCUCUGAAGCCAGAGGAGAUCCGGUACCGCCUCAAGCACUACUUCAAGUUCAUGUUUGUACGGGAGCCCUUGGAGCGGCUCCUGUCGGCGUACAGGAACAAAUUUGGAGAGAUUGAGUCCUACCAGAAAAAAUAUGGGGUGGAGAUCGUAAAGAGAUACAGAAAGAGCCACACCAAGGUCCAGUCUGUGAGAGGAGAUGAUGUGACCUUCACAGAGUUCAUCCGUUAUUUGGUGGACGAAGACGUGGAGCGCAUGAAUGAGCACUGGAUGCCUAUGUACAACCUCUGCCAGCCUUGUGCCAUGUCCUACGAUUUCAUUGGCUCCUAUGAACACCUUGAAACCGAUGCAGACUUUGUGUUGCAACUCAUCAAUGUGCCUUCUUCUGUUCACUUCCCCGAAAGGCAGACGUGGUACAAGCCAGUUACUACAGAGACCUUACACUUUUACCUGUGCAGUUUGCCCCAGAAGCUUCUGAGAGAACUCCUCCCAAAGUAUAUCUUAGACUUCUCCUUAUUCACUUAUCCUCUUCCCAACAUGACCAUGGACCACUGCAGGCAUUAAGGAGUGCCUCACCAUUUUAUAGACAAUCAUCUGUGUUUGCAGAGGGGUGCAAAUUAUUGCAAUGCUGCUGCAAUGCUGUUUGACCAGACUUCAACCCACUAAAGCUUGAAAAGGUUUUAAACCAGCCUUAAAGUAUCUGUUACAAUAGUUGUUUUAUUACACAAUGACAGAUAUGGUCAAAAUUGUUUUUGUAUUUGUUCAUGGGAAGAUUUAAAAGUGAAAAAGACUUAGCAGGCAAAAGCACACAGCAUGUAAUGGAAUUGGACCAUUUACUGAGCUUCAUGGUUUAUGUACACCUUUAUUUUGUUAAUAACUUAACAUAAUAAAAAAAAAAUACAAGUUUUGCCACAUAAUGCAUGUUUUUCUAACAUGUAAGAGAUAAAAAUGUUGGAAAUGAAAGGAUUUUUCAAUAACUCGGAACAUCAUACUGACAGAACAAGCUGCUUAUUCUGAAAGGAAAAAAUCUAAUUUCAAGCAGUA